ACAAUAUGCACAGCAGUUGAAAAGAGUGUGCUGUUGUAGAUGCAGCAUGUUACCCGUGGAGCGUGUGUGUGCGCGCGCCUGUGAUCGUGAUGGCGGCGGCGGAGGAGAGCGGCAGCACCGGGAGCAGCGGCUCGUGCAGCACCGCGGAGGAGGAGCGCAUGCGGCGGCUCUUCCAGACGUGUGACGGGGACGGAGACGGAUACAUCAACCGGAAUGAUCUGCUGAUGGUCUGCCGGCAGCUGAACAUGGAGGAUUCGGUGGCAGAGAUCAUGGGGCAGCUGGGCGCAGACGAACGAGGAAACAUCUCCUUCGAAGACUUCACUCGCUGCCGCAUGCAGCUGCUCAACGAGAUCCGCAAGGAGGAAGGCCAGCUUUCCCUCAUGUCCAGCGACUCGGAGAAGAGGACACUUCAUGAACACGUGUCCUCAUGGCCCACCAGCAGCGAGAACAGUCUGGGCGCUCGUGAGAGCUGGGAGUUUGAUUCUGGAGCUCGAGACUUACAGAGUCCAGACAUGCAUCCUCCGCAGCAGAGCUCACUGUUAAUCCGGAAGCUCCUGGAUCAGCCCUCGGCUGGACUUCACAAGCUCCUGUCCCAGCAUCCGUCCGGCCGGAGCGGGGCUCUGGAUCUGGCCAACACUCUGCAUCUGGCUGCGCUGGCGUCUCUGAAGGGUGACGUGGUGGAGCUGAACCAGCGGCUGCUGCAGACCGGGAGAGAGAGAGACGCGCUGGAGAAGAGACUGGCCAAAGCACAGUGUGAGCAGUCUCAUCUGCUGCGGGAGCAUGAGGAGGUUCAGGAGAGGACGACGCUGCGCUAUGAGGAGCGAAUCACAGAGCUGCACAGCAUCAUCGCCGAACUCAACAAGAAGAUAGACCUGCUGCAGGGAGCCACCAUCAGGGAGGAAGAUGAGUUUUCCGAGCUCCGCUCCGAUCUAAGUCACAGCCAGCAGGAAGUUAACGAGGACGACCGGAGCGUCGAUCAGGACCCCGACCAGGCGUCCAUCUCACUGCCUGAGAACCAGUCCACACUGGUCACAGCAGACAUGGAUAACUGCAGUGACCUGAACUCGGAGCUGCAGCGUGUUUUGACGGGUCUGGAGAGCGUCCUGUGCGGCCGUAAGAAGAGCACAUGCAGUCUGUCUGUGGCAGAGGUGGACAGACACAUCGAGCAGCUGACCACUGCCAGCGAACACUGCGAUCUGGCCAUCAAGACGGUGGAGGAGAUCGAGGGCGCUCUGGGCCGUGACUUCUACCCCAGUCUGUGUGAGGAGCGUGUGCGCUGGGAGAAAGAGCUGGCUGGACUCCGGGAGGAGAACGAGAGCCUGACGGCGAUGCUGUGCAGUAAAGAGGAGGAUCUCAACCGCACCAAAGCCACCAUGAAUGCCAUCCGAGAGGAGCGAGACCGCCUGCGCAGACGCGUGCGAGAGCUGCAGACGCGUCUCCAGAGCGUUCAGCCCGGUGCUCCGUCCAGUCCUGGACGUCUGACCCCGGCGGGACGUCCCAUCAACCCCAGCACCGGAGAACUCAGCACCAGCAGCAGCAGCAACGACAUCCCCGUCGCCAAAGUGGCAGAACGAGUGAAGCUGUCGAAAACGCGCUCUGAAUCACUGCCAGCGGAGAGAUCCGUCCUCGGCUCCGAAAUCAGCAGCAUCGGGGUGUCCAGUAAUGUGGCUGAACACCUGGCUCAUUCCCUUCAGGACUGCUCCAACAUCCAGGAGAUCUUCCAGACGCUCUACUCGCACGGAUCCGCCAUCUCCGAGAGCAAGAUCCGCGAGUUCGAGGUGGAGACGGAGAGACUGAACAGUCGUAUCGAGCACCUGAAGUCUCAGAACGAUCUGCUGACCAUCACACUGGAGGAGUGUAAGAGCAACGCCGAGCGGAUGAGUAUGCUGGUGGGGAAAUAUGAGUCCAACGCCACCGCGCUCCGACUGGCCCUGCAGUACAGUGAGCAGUGUAUCGAGGCGUAUGAGCUGCUGCUGACGCUGGCUGAGAGUGAACAGGGUCUGGUUUUGGGUCAGUUCAGAGCCGCUGGAGUCAGUGCUGUGGGAGAGCAGGCAGGUGAAGAGAGCAUCACACAGAUCCUGAAGAAAGCUCACGACAGCAGAAAGACGGCAGAAAACGCAGCUAAAGACCUCCUGACGCGUCUAGAUGGCAGCUGCGGAGCUGCGUUUGCGGUCCAGCCCUGGGAGAGUCUCUCAUCCAACAGCCACACCAGCACCACCAGCUCGACGGCCAGCAGCUGUGACACUGAUUUCUCCAAAGACGACGAGCAGCGUCUGAAGGACUACGUGCAGCAGCUGAAGAACGACCGAGCGGCUGUCAAGCUGACCAUGCUGGAGCUGGAGAGCGUCCACAUCGACCCGCUGAACUACGACCUCAAACCCCGCGCAGACUCGCAGAGACUCGACCUGGAGAACGCUGUGCUCAUGCAGGAGCUCAUGGCCAUGAAGGAGGAGAUGGCGGAGCUGAAGGCUCAGCUGUAUCUGCUGGAGAAGGAGAAGAAAGCUCUGGAGCUGAAGCUGAGCACACGGGAGGCUCAGGAACAGGCCUAUCUGGUGCACAUCGAGCAUCUGAAGUCUGAGGUGGAGGAACAUCAGGAACAGAGACGGAGAUCGCUCAACUCCACCAGCAGCACUGGAGCCAACGACAAGAGCGGGAAGGACUCUGGUGAUUCUCCGGUGAUCAGUCUGUCUGAUCUGAGGAGUUUGAGUGACAGCGACCUCGCGGCGGAGCUCACCAGCGCCCUCAGGAGAGAGAAGAAGCUGAAGGGUCGCAUUCAGGAGUUGGUCGCGGCGUUAGAAAGACUCACUAAGAGCAGUGAAGUCAGACAUCAGCAGUCAUCGGAGUUCGUUAAUGACCUUAAACGAGCCAACAGUAAUCUGGUGGCAGCGUACGAGAAAGCCAAGAAGAAGCACCAGAACAAGCUGAAGAAGCUGGAGUCUCAGAUGAUGGCGAUGGUGGAGCGUCACGAGACGCAGGUGCGGAUGCUGAAACAGCGCAUCGCUCUUCUGGAGGAGGAGACGUCUCGACCGCACACCAGCGAGACCUCGCUCUGAGGAGAAGACGUUUCUCAGGAUGUUCACGCUGCUCUUUCACACACAACAGCCACUGUCAAGCUACAGGAAUCAUCAUAAAAACGUGAAGCGCUGGCUCAAACGUGCUCGUUUUGUCAAGGAGGAGACGGCGUUUAAUUCGUUUUUCCAAUUCUCACUUAUGAGGUUCACCAUUUUUAUGCUUUCACUAGUCAAACCCGGCGAUUGAGAUGACAUAACACUCAUAAAUCCUCAUAAUUAUUCAUUACUUUAGAAGGAAAUGACAUGAACACACACUCACUGGUAGCUGUUCACUAGUUAUAUUUCAUAAUCGUACAGUGUAGAGGAAU